AUGAAGAGCAGGAGAGGAAGUUGCAGAGCUAGUGCUUCUGGAGGUAAUGGGUUUGCUGGAGGUGGUGGUGGAAGAAUUUCUGUCAAGGUUAAAAGCAGGCAUGAUGAUCCUCAAUUCUUAGUUCAUGGGGGAAGAAGCUUAGGAUGUCCUGAAAACUCGGGUGCUGCUGGGACAUUUUUGGAUGCCAUUCCUCGGAGACUAGUUGUCAGCAAUCACAACAUGUCAACACAAACUGACACACUUCUUUUGGAGUUCCCUAAUCAGCCACUGUGGACAAAUGUGUAUAUUAAAAAUAAUGCCAGAGCUACUGUUCCUUUGCUAUGGAGUCGUGUGCAGGUUGGAGGACAAAUUAGUUUAUCAGGUGGGGCAGUUUUAAGCUUUGGGCUCCCUCAUCUUGCUUUAUCAGAGUUUGAGUUGAUGGCAGAAGAGCUUUUGAUGAGUGACUCAGUAAUCAAGAUAUAUGGGGCUUUGCGAAUGUCUGUCAAAAUUCUCUUGAUGUUGAAAUCAAAAAUCCUCAUAGAUGGUGAUGGUGAUGCAAUUGUAGCUACGUCCUUGCUUGAGGCUAGCAAUUUAGUGGUUCUCAGGGGAUCAUCAGUGAUACAUUCGAAUGCAAAUUUGGGAGUCCAUGGACAAGGUGCAUUGAACUUGUCUGGUCCAGGAGAUCUUAUUGAAGCUCAACAUUUGGUUUUAUCAUUAUUUUAUAGUAUCAAAGUUGGUCCUGGAUCUGUUCUACGAGGUCCUUUGGAGAAUGCAAGUAACCACAACAUGACACCAAGGCUCUAUUGUGACCUAAAGGACUGCCCCAUGGAACUGCUUCGCCCCCCUGAAGAUUGCAAUGUGAACUCUUCAUUGUCAUUCACGCUUCAGAUCUGCCGAGUUGAAGAUAUAAUUGUUGAAGGCUUCAUAGAAGGAUCUGUUGUUCAUUUCCACUGGAUUAGAACUGUGGUUAUUAAAUUUUCUGGAGUAAUUAGUGCAUCUGGGCUUGGCUGCGUUGGUGGGAUGGGCAGAGGAAAAUUUUUGACCAAUGGCCUUGGUGGUGGGGGUGGACAUGGCGGCAAAGGUGGGGAUGGAUUUUACAAUGGCAGUUUUAUUGAGGGUGGUGUUGAAUACGGGAAUGCUGAUCUACCUUGUGAACUAGGUAGUGGAAGUGGAAAUGACAGCCUAGCUGGAACAACUGCAGGUGGUGGCAUCAUAGUUAUGGGUUCACUGGAGCACUCAUUGUCAAGCUUGUUUAUCCAUGGCUCACUUAAAGCUGAUGGAGAAAGUUUCGGAAGUAAUAUUAGAAAGCAAUACGGUAGUGUUAGCUCUGAUAUAGGUCCAGGAGGUGGAUCUGGUGGAACUAUUCUUUUAUUUGUUCAUACAUUGGCCCUUGCUGAUUCUUCUAUGAUCUCAACUGUUGGAGGACAUGGUAGUCUCAAUGGAGGCGGUGGAGGCGGAGGAAGAGUGCACUUUCAUUGGUCAGACAUUUCUGUUGGGGAUGAUUACCAGCCCAUUGCAUUUGUCAAUGGAACAAUAAACACUGGUGGAGGAAUGGGUAGAGGCCUGGGUUAUGCCGGGGGAAAUGGAACUGUCACUGGAAAAGCCUGUCCAAGAGGACUUUAUGGGAUCUUUUGUCAGGAAUGCCCACUUGGAACUUUUAAGAAUGUCAGUGGAUCUGACAGAGCACUUUGUCAUAGUUGCCCAUCUCAUGAGCUUCCUCGUCGUGCUAAAUUUAUUGCUAUUCGAGGUGGUGUUGCUCACACUCCUUGUCCUUACACAUGUGGUUCUGAGAGAUAUCACAUGCCACACUGUUAUACAGCCCUUGAAGAGUUGAUAUACACCUUUGGAGGGCCAUGGUUAUUUGGUUUUAUUCUCUUAAGUCUUCUCAUCCUACUAGCUCUUGUGCUUAGUGUUGCUCGGAUGAAAUUUGUCACAGCAGAUGAAUUACCUGGCAUAGUUCCAACUCGACGUGGUUUGCAAAUAGAUCGCUCGUUCCCUUUUUUGGAGUCAUUGAAUGAGGUUUUGGAAACGAACAGAAAUGAGGAAUCCCAGAACCAUGUGCAUAGAAUGUACUUUUUGGGAUCUAACACUUUCAGUGAACCUUGGCAUCUCGCUUACUCUCCUCCAAAACAAGUUUUAGAUAUUGUAUAUGAAGAUGCGUUCAACAGAUUUGUAGAUGAGAUUAAUGGUUUAGCUGCUUAUCAGUGGUGGGAAGGAUCAGUCUACAGCAUUUUUUCUAUUAUUGCAUAUCCACUUGCCUGGUCAUGGCUGCAGUGGUGCCAGAAAAAGAAAAUACAAUGUUUACGUGAAUUUGUUCGAUCAGAAUAUGAUCAUGCUUGCCUGAGCUCCUGUCGUUCACGUGCUCUCUAUGAGGGGCUUAAGGUAGCUGCAACCUCUGAUCUAAUGCUUGCACAUGUGGAUUUUUUCCUUGGUGGAGAUGAGAAGAGAGAUGACCUUCCUCCUCGCCUUCAUCAACGAUUUCCGUUGUCUUUAGUUUUUGGAGGAGAUGGAUCUUACAUGACUCCUUUCUCUCUUCACAGUGAUAAUGUUCUAACCAGCCUCAUGAGUCAGUCUGUCCCACCAACAAUUUGGUAUCGAUUAGUGGCUGGACUGAACGCACAGCUGCGUUUGGUUUGCCGUGGACGUCUGAGGAGAACUUUCCAUCCAGUUAUCAGCUGGCUUGAAACACAUGCAAAUCCAACUUUAAGUAUUCAUCAUGUUCGUGUUGAUCUUUCUUGUUUUCCGCCGACAGCUGGUGGUUAUUGCCAGUUUGGCCUUGUCAUGUCUGCUAUCAAAGAUGAAAAUGUGCCACCAUCAAUUGAAGAGCCAAAUGGAGUUUUGUUAGCUGAGAAACAGUCACGUUUGCUUGAUAUUAAUGGGAGGAAUGCUUCUGAUCAUUUGAAAACCAAUGAUCCUUUGAUGAUGCCUAAAAGGGUUUUUGGAGGGACGUUAAAUACUAAGAGUUUACAAGCACUGGAAGAGAAGAUGACUUUACAUUAUCUUUUUUCUUUUAUUAUUCGUAACAACAAGCCUGUUGGUCAUCAGGUAUUUCUAAUGCUUAAGCUUAUGGAGCGGAUUUGAAUAGGA